AUGCAAUUCAUUGUGCCCAAAGGUUUGGCUGGUGUAUCCCUCGCGGUUUUGCUAACCACGUUGUUGCUCCUGUCUGCGGUUCUCAUCUACGUUUAUCACCGUCGGAGGACGAGAGGUGGUGGUCCCCGUUCUCGCCGCACAAAAGGGACGCCGACCGUGCCCACCCCGGUCGUGGACGCGGAGCUAAUAGUCGACGACUACCGGCGUGGCAGCUGGCCCAGUCCUCGACGGCAGCUCCCUUGGCUCCUGGGGUUGAUAUCCACCACCGGGCAACGGCCUCCUCUCUUCACAGACGCUCAGCACAGCGGGCUCCCUUUUCCGAUUUCCCUAGACCGACUCUGGAGCACUUCGGCGCCGCCAGUGGAUCCCGUGCCUGAUGAUCUGCCCGACGUAGAUGUUUAUGAUGACGGGCAAGUUAACACCACAGGACCUCGCUUUCUUGCAACGACCGCCAGCGGUAAGUCCCUGCAGGUGGUGGUGAAAACUGCUGCGGUGGCAUCUCGGCACCAGCAGAAGCAGCAGGAGUGCCAGUCCGACUUUAGCCAGGAAUUGUUGCAAAAGUCACAGUCGUGGCAGACGACGCCCGACAACGGUCGAGGCAUAUCAGGGGCCAACCAGCAUUUCUUAACAGAGCCACGUUCGCAGAGCCUAUCAGAGGUUGACGCAGAGCUGCCAGUGGCGCGAUCGGCGCCCCUUGGCUUGGUAUUAUCCGAUGUACCUGCUCCGCCGACUCCCAACAGCGGCAUUGACGAUGGGGUGUCUGCGGCCGCAGCGGCAGCGCAGGUGGCGGUGGGAUCAGCGAAAGUGCACAUUGCGUGA